AUGGCGGCCACGAUUCCCAGAGCUGUAUGCUCUGUUCUAUCAGAAUCUUCAUCAACUCAAAUCUCGAGUCUGCUGCGGUCGCAAGUACAAUCGGCACGAUCUACCGCCAUCCGGACUGGCAAUCGAGGACGGCAGCAACUCUCUAGAGCCUUCUCUACGACAUACCGAUAUGCAGCGACACCAGCUACCAACAACUCGCGGAAAAACGGCGAUGCAUCCAAGACACCUGUUUCCAACUCGAAGCCAAACUCUAUUGAUGACCAAUCCCCUAUCCAAGAUAUGACCGCCGGCCUCGCGGAUGAGCCACUGAUCCUCGACGAAGGCUCCCGACAAGUAGACUGGACACGUUCAUACCAUGGCUUAUCGGCCGAGCCAUUCUCCAAAGAGGCUGCAGAGGUGCUGAUGGCACCUAUACCAUUUGACGAUGUGGAGGUUAAGCCGGAUGGAAUUAUAUAUCUGCCAGAGAUCAAGUACAGAAGGAUAUUGAACAAAGCUUUUGGACCUGGGGCCUGGGGCUUAGCACCUAGAGGGGAGACGAUUGUCACGUCGAAAAGUAUCACAAGGGAGUAUGCUCUCGUUGCUCAUGGACGAUUGGUAUCCAUAGCACGAGGUGAACAAGACUACUUCUCUCCCGAAGGCAUCCCCACUGCGACGGAAGGGUGCAAAUCAAAUGCCUUGAUGCGCUGCUGUAAAGACCUCGGCGUAGCCAGCGAGUUAUGGGAUCCGCGAUACAUACGAAAGUUCUUGAAGGAGAGGGCGAAGCAAGUCUGGGCCGAGCAUGUUGUCACCAAGAAGAAGAAGCAAGUGUGGUUAAGGAAAGACGACGAACUUAGAUAUCCUUACAAGGAGUCCAAAUUUGGUGCGUAG